UGUUUAUGAGAUGCAAUGAAUCGUUUUUUGCCACAUUACCGAUAUUUAUAAACCACUGGCUUAAAACCAGUCACUCGUCCGGCUGACAUUUUCGUUAAAUUAAAACACGUACAAAUAAUGGAGUGUCCAAUUUGCCUCGACCAAUUUUCAAAUGAAGUCGACGACUACUUUGUGACAACUCGAAAUGGACACAUUUUCCACAAUUCUUGUCUCUCCAGAGUUAAAACCAGAACCUGCCCGACCUGUCGAGAUUGCUCUAUCGAAGAAUGUGACCUUAUCCGUUUAAGAAAUGUGGACGCCGUUCGAAGUGUGUCAGAAAAACCAGCAGCUGAGAAUAGUGCAAACCAAGAGUUCCAAAUUCUCUCUGACCUGAUUCUCCUCGGGGACAAGGAGAGAUUCAAGAAUUUUAUGGACACUUCUCAAUUCGACGCAAAAUAUAAGGAUGAACUUACUGGAAAAAAUUUAGCCCACAUUUCCGCUGAAAAUGGACGACUUGGAAUCCUACAAUUUUUACGAGAUGGCGUCGGACUAAAUAUGGACGAGGUGGAUGGAUCUGGCGCAAAAAUUCUGGAUAUCGCUUUGAGAUCUGGACAUAAUGACAUUGUGAGCUUUCUUGUUCCUGAUACGAGUUCUGGACCACUUCUAAUGAUGGAUGUCGCAACAAAUCCAUCCACAUCAACGACACACUUUGAGCAAGGUGAAACGCCUUCAAUUUCACGAUCUGAUUUGGAACAAAGUGACAAUGAAGAUGAUUGCCGCACGAUAUUUAUAGACCAUAAUCCCUCCUCAUCUUUCUUAAAAUCUGCCUCUCUUAAUGACCAAGACAGUGACUACAAACUCGUGAUUGUCGGCGUGGGGCAGGCGAAGCCUGUAAAAUUUCAAUUUUCCAUCGCAAUUAAAGAAAGUGGUAAUAUUUUGUUCCAUUUCGACGCUGCGUGGGACGGCGACAAAUGCAAUUGCAAGUUGAACUCUUGGGCUAAAAAUGGGGACGGAUGGGGUCGUCCGGAAAAACUUAAGUUGUUCAGUAUUCGACCCGGGUCUAAAUUUCGGAUUAAAAUACAGUACAAACACGAGGAAGAGCAUUUCUUGGUGCGCGUUAACGAUGAGGCCAGGAUAACCUUUCAAAGCAAAAUUUACCCCCAAACCAGCACACUUUUGGUGGCUUUGACGGCCAGAAAUGUGAAAUAUGAAAGUGCUCAGCUCUACGUCUGAUACGUAUUUUGUUCACGGUUUAAUAAAUGACCACGCCAUUUUUAUGGCGAAUAUGGCUGGAAAUCAGUGUGGUUUAGGAUACGAUUUUAUAAAUUUUUUUAUUAGUUUUACCAAUUAAUGAAAUAUGUAUGUUCAAAAUGUUUACUUUUUACAUAUUUAUAAGUGAUAAUGUUACCACGUGCUGGACCACCUCAUUAAAUUUUGUAUAAAUCAAGUUAAUGAAUUUCAAUAAAUGUGUGGUUCGUUCGUUAA